CACGGACGUGACAGCGGCUGGCCAGAGGCAUCAGCAACGGGUGUUAACAAUAUUAUGUGGUUGUGGAAUUAGCUGCCAAAUAUCAACGUCAAUUCGACAAGUUGGCAUCAUGCCUCACGUAAAACUUGGCCCAUUACCACGUCAGUACUUCGGUCUGUGUACUCGGUCACUAGCCGGGGCGUGAAAAUUAUUAGUGUGCAAUUGUUUUCAAAGCGCACGGGCAAUUAAAGUUUCAAAGCCGUUGACGAAUAAAGUCUAAUGGCUGCUUGAUGCAAGUCACGACAUAAAUUGCAUGUCCAGGUAGUUAAACGACAUGAAAAAUACGUAGAAGAGACGGCUAUAGUGUGGUCGUGAGUUUGUGUGUGUGUGGAUAAAUACAGACGUGUCAGUUACUCCAGUGGAAUUCAAAGAAUAACAACAAUAAUUGGAUCAGUGGAUCACUUUCAGAAUAUUUAUUAAAACUGGAAAUGGCAUAUUCAACUUUGACUGCCCAUAAGACUUAACAGACCCCAGAAUUUAAGCGAAAUAUAUCCCAACUCGCAUUUAAUGAGCCACUGCCAGUGUCUACAUAUGGGACUCGAGACUCUUUACCAAACAAACUAUAAAUGGCAACAGGCUGAAAUUUAUGCGAAAAGUUACACAAAGUAAUAAGCACACAAAACAAAGCGAAAGUAAACAGAAUGCCAACAAAUCCCAUAAACAAAAGGCACACAAACUGAAACGAACAACUAUCAAAUAAGGCAAAAGAAAGAAAAUCACUUAAAUCUGGAAGAAAACAGAUUACAAGCAGACCCCAAGUCACCAAGAACUUCAACGCAUUCCAAUUUCCACUGUGCCACUGGCACACCCAGAGUAGGACUUCGUAUCAUUAGCUGGGUAUAAGGGAUUAUUAUGUCAUAAAUAUGAAACACAUAAGCGAUAUACGCAUCAUUGUGCUCAUUUGCUGUUUGCUACAAGGUUUCGCACUAGGCGUGCGCAUGAUCAAAGUCUCCAUACCCGCUUUCAAGAUGCGUGGUGAAUCGGCAUUCAUGGAAUGCCAAUACGAGCUGAACCGCACACAUGGCCCGCAAAUAAUCAGUAAUGGGCAUAGAGAGCGCGAUCGCUAUUCGCCACAUCCAGGAGCCGAUCUACACUAUGUCGAUUCAACUGACAUUGAGAGACAGCCGCAUCGGCGCACGCAUCAGGGAAAACGACAAUACCAAGCGCGUCGACAGCAGCAUCAACCACUGGCCAUGCGGCAGUAUCAGAGUCAGAGUCACACAGAAAGACAUAAUCCGCCGCUGCCGGAGAAGUCGCCCUACGGUCACAGCGUCUACCGAGGCAGUGCAGCAUCUGGUUAUCUGGGUGGACGUGUUGGCGCUAGUGUUCAUAACGGCGGCGGCGGCGGUGGUGGAGGCGGCAAUAGUGUCAGCGGCAGCAGUAGCUCCAGCGGAUCUAUUUCCUAUAUGCCCGACUUCGGACGAGACGAUCGAUACGAUGAGAGCGAUGAGGAGGAGGAGGAGACUCAAGAAGAAGGCGAGUCGCUCUACGCCAUCAAAUGGUACAAAGACAACGAGGAGUUCUAUCGCUAUGUGCCAAAGGCGCGUCCACCCAAGACCAGCUACCGCGUGGACGGUGUGCGCGUGAUUGAGGAGCUGUCCGAUGCUAGUCGCGUUCUGCUGCGUGGACUUACCCUCAACUCGACUGGUCUCUACCGCUGUGAAAUCUCCGCCGAAGCGCCAAAUUUCUCAUCUGUGCAGGGCGAGGGUCGCAUGGACAUUGUGUUUUUGCCACGCGAUGGACCUCACAUUAGAGGGCAACAGCAUCAGUAUCAAAUCGGUGAAUACUUAACUUUAAACUGCACGUCGGGGAAAUCACAUCCAGCAUCGCAUCUGCAGUGGUUCGUCAAUGAGCAGCCGAUACUAGAGGAGCAGUACCUGCACAAAUACAACGAUAUUGUGCACAAGCACGGGCUAAUCACUUCGAUACUGGGCCUGCAGCUGGAGCUGGAACCACGACAUUUUCAUGACGGUGACAUGCGCGUCAAGUGCCUGGCUAGCAUAUCGCCAGUGUUGUGGAAGGGUGGCAGGGAGAGCAUUUUACAGCGUCGUCCUGGCAUUAUUGACAAUCGCGAGACAAUGCUUUUGGUGCGUAGCGAUGCUGGACAGAUUGAGAGCAAUUUACUGCGUCUGCUGACCAUCACCAUCAUCCUGGCGCGCAUUGGUCAGUGGCUGCUCCAGCCUGAGCUGACCUAGGCUGACCUGUGGGCGGAGUUAAAGGCGAACGCAUGAUUUUCGAUUCGAUUCAAUUCAAUUCAAUUCGAUUCAAUUCAAUUCAAUUCAAUUGCAAUUGCAGAGCAUAAAAGGUGAUUUUGUAUACUUAAAGUGUAAUAUCUUUAGUUUCUAAGCGAUAACCGAUAACAGGAAACUCCCCGGCAACCACUCAAGUUGAUGGCCCAAUCAAUAAGCAUAAGUGUCUGAAUGUGUAGUAGUAACUUAACAAAAAGAAAAAUAAACUUAAAUACAUACUCACACUCAGAGAGACACAUACAAAAAGAUAAUAGUUAUAACAAUCCAUAUUCAAAUUGAAUUGUGUCGUAACUUUAGACAAAAUGUGGUAAAUCUAGUGCAAAUAUCGUAUCUCCCACAUACACAUACACAUACACAUACACAUACUCAUACAUACAAGCAUAAGAGGAAAGUUUUCAAAUGCAUAUCUAUCAUUAACUGUUAACUUUUAGAUGAGAGAAAAUGGCAGACGGCGAGAGGAGGAGCUCUAACACCAACACCGUACGAAAAUACGAAAAUAGUUAUUUAAAUGUGUGCUUCAUGUGUGUUUGUGUGUGUCCGUGUGUGUAUCUCUGGCAAAAUGAAAUCCAAUUAAAAACAUUUUUACUCGAAAAAACGACGAGCAUCCAAAAACUACUCGCACAAUAAAAGGAUGGCUGAGCUUAGUUUCUGUGUAAAUAAUUCAAUGUAACCAAAGCGAAAUUCAAAUCUCAAAUUUACCAUACACUCAUGCACACACAGCCGCACCUCACGAUUAUAUUGUCUGCUUCAGAAAUGUCAUUUGCCUCAUUUUCAAUUUAAAUACAGACCGACAGCCAGCCAACCAGCCAGC